AUGCCCCUAACUGCCGACGAACUUGCCGCCAUUGAACGGGUACGUACGGCAGCUGGGGGUAGCGAUCAUCCAUACUGUAAGCAUAAUUAUAAUGUACAUCGUUGGAUAACCGCCUAUGGAGGAGAUGAAGAGGAAGCCGCUAAGGUCCUCCAACGUCAUUUGAACAUUCGAGAAAUAAUGUCACUUACAUCGUUGCCUUACACAAAAAGUGAAGAAAUUGACAAUGAAGCUGAGAAAUACGCUCCACUGACGAUUCUUGGACGAAAUCGAGUUGACGACAACAAGGUGUUAUUAUUCGAACACAGCGGACAAAUCGAUCUCAACGGUGUCGUCGAUAAUAUCCGAAUUACGCGUUUCUUACGGAUGAAAUUUCGUACAAUGGAACGUCUACAACAACGAGUCGAGGAGGAAGAACGACGGAUGGACAAGCAGAGCGGUGGUGUGCUGAUCAUGGAUUUGGAAGGACUUUGUUUCAGUACCACUCUGCUGUCCGUCCUUGCGGGUCCCUACCGGAUACUUUGGGGCACCCUAUUCGAGCAGUAUCCACAACUCAUCCAACAAAUUAUCAUUGUCAAUGCUCCCAAAUUCGUAAACCUUCUCUAUCAGACGUGUGUCCCAUUCAUACCCAGCGACUACAAGUCAAAAAUCAUAAUCUGUUCUGGAGAUUCAAAGGACACUUUAUUAGAGCAUAUAGAUGAAUGCUGCUUGCCUAUUGAACUCGGUGGAGCCGGAUCAUUUGAAAUGACAACUUCGGGUGAAUUUGAGAUUUUCUCACCUAUCCAGCGUCCCUUACAUCCUUACCCCAAAGCAGCACCGUUGGAAGUCCCAUUGGAACAACUGACUAUUCCAGCAGGCGCCUUCACUACUCAACAGUAUAAAUGGAAUGCUGGUUGCCGACUGGAGUUCUACAUGCAACACGACCAAGAAUUCACACUUUUCUUCUUCCACGCUAACGAUGAUACGAAGGACCCAAGUGCUUGGCGAGAAAUUUACGCAGGUUGUGAGCGCCCCGCCUUACCGCAAGUGGACACCUGGAGAUGGACUGUACCUCAGGAUGGUUAUUACUAUAUUCGAUAUGGUAACGAAAAAGCAUGGCUAUUCUCAGUUACCGUACGACAUUUGAUCUAUCAAUAUGUGUCGGAUACGGAAAAGACUAUAGUGACGCCCAUCUCAACGUUCGUCUCAUGA